GUCCAACCUUGAUAUAUUGAGCAAAAUGCAAGGUUGGUGAAACACGUGUGGCUGUUAAUAGUGCAGUUAAAAACAUUAUUGGACAACGUCUCAAAUACGGUACAUUCAUUGCAAGCAUUUUAGCUAGCUAGCAACAUGUUCUAAAUCUGCUACGAAACUCGAGCAAAUUUCCUAAACACUGACGCCAGUGAGCCCACCCCCUGUGAUCGCUGAUGGUAAAGAUAUCGCGGGAUUUGUGUGUUACGGUCAAAGAUGGUUUAGAAUCCUGGUUUGAAACCCAUGUUGUAUGGUCUUUUCAAUGUUAUCACAUAAAAUGUAACAAUUGAAUCAAUGAUUUUGUUAGUUAGCAAGAAUAUUAUUGUAAUAACAGCGUCAAGACAACAAGGACAUUAUUACAAUGAAGUUUUCUCAUGUUGGUGAGCACAGAGCAAGAAGGUGACUGAUGGAUACAUUUGUGAGUCAAACCAGGAAGCGCUAUAUUGAUGGGACAACAGAUGAACAGAGAGAACCUGUGUGGAAAAAAUUUAAAGAGGAAGAAUGCAAUCAGGGGAUUGUAAAGGAGGAUGUGAAGGAGGAUGCCUAUUUGACUGAGUUCUCUCAGCCUUGGCAGAAGAUUGAAGCAGAGGGACUGGACUGUGACUAUGCUCUACUCUUUCCUAAAGAGGAAGCAGACUGCCUCUACACACAGCUGGAGGAGGAGGUAGUCUACCUCACAGGAGAUAAAACAAAGAUUCAGGUGUUUGGAAAGGUCUACAAUGUCCCCAGAAAGCAGGCGACUUGUGGGGACGCAGGACUAACCUACAACUAUUCUGGAGUGAGUCUUCAGGCUAGCCCGUGGACUCCAACCUUGGAGUACAUUCGUGAUGCUGUUACAAAGGCAACAGGGCAAACCUUCAACUUUGUCCUGAUUAACAGGUACAAAGAUGGACAUGAUCACAUGGGUGAGCACCGUGAUGAUGAGCGGGAACUGGACCCCCUCUGUCCCAUCGCCUCCGUAUCCCUGGGGGCGGUCCGGGACUUUGUCUUCAGACACCGGGAGUCACGGGGAAAACAGUGCCGGCGGCAGAUCAACCCGGUGAAGCUGGAACUGGCCCACGGAAGCCUGCUCCUCAUGAAUUCUCCCACAAACACCCACUGGUACCACAGCCUGCCAGCCCGCAAGAGGGUCCUCACACCCCGCAUCAACCUUACCUUCAGACGCAUCCUCCAAGACGGCAAGAAAUGAGGGUCAGACAUGGUCCGUUGGGAGUCUCACUUCAUUGUGGCUGACGUCAGGGGACGUACUAUCUAACCACUGUCCCCACUGCAAUAUUGAUUAAACUAGUUUCUGAAUGUA